AUGAACGAUGAAAGAAGACAGCAGUUAUUUGAGCUGAACAGUGAAGCCUGGUCUGGAAUUGAUGCGUUCCCGAAUAAAACCAGCAAGCUUGACUCAAGCAUCAAGAGAAACACAGGGUUUAUCAAAAAGCUGAAACAGGGUAUCACGAAAGACUCGAAAGAUUCGCUGAUGAAAGAUAUUGGCGAAGUGCUCCUGGAAAAGUAUCUCUCCGAGGUGAUUACAGGAACGAAUGAGAGUUUAGCGAAGGUUCCGAACAAAACCGAAGAUAUUACGGCGGCUGUGGAGGUGGUCAGCGGGCUGCAUCAGCGGUUUGGGGAAAAGUUUACAUUGAGGCUGUUGGAGCUGUAUAUGUUCAACUUUGUAAACCCUCCAGAUGACGCCGAGGGGGAAAAGGAGGAACUGGCAAGGACUAACCGCCUCAAGUCGAACAUCAGGCUCUUCACCGAACUCUAUCUCGUGAACGUAUUCAGCAACUUUGAUAGCAUUUCGAAGGACAACCUGCCAAAAUUUAUGGCGAAGAGCACGUCUUCUGCCUUUCUAUGUGUGCUGAAAACAACCUUGUCUUACAAGUACAAGUAUGGUGCUAGGCUAUCGAUUGCAACCCUUUUUGCGAAGAAGUACGCUGGUUUUUUUAGCGAGCAUUCGUCCUUAGACAGGUAUAUUCGCGAGCCGUCAUUGAAGGAGGCCCUAUGGGCCCUCUUCAAAGCCAUGACAGAGGCGGUGUUCAAGCGGACUGUAGAGCUUGAUAAAAAGAUGAAGAAACUUCAGAAAGAGCAUCAAAGAGCCCAAAUCCGCACGGGAAAACUUGUUGAUGAGUAUAUUGAGGAAUAUAACAAGAUUGAACCUGUAUUUGAGAGGUUUGUGUCUGCUGCACAGUCUUUAGGCGAGUCACUAAACUUGACUGCUCCAGAACUCAGCAGCAGCGAUGAUGAGAGUGGUGUAAAUGAAAAUAAGUCCAUUAUCACAACGCAAGUCAAGAGCUCCAAUGAAAAGCUAUGGGAUAGUGAAGAGACCAGAAAGUUUUAUGAGGUACUGCCGUCUGUCACACAACUAGUUAAGGAGCCAAUUACAGCAGAUGGAAAUGAGCAGACUGCAGCCGCUCUAAAACAGUUUUUUAUUGACCUUGAGCUAUGUGAUAACAAGGAAGGAAUUGAUGAGCUUUCUUGCAGAUAUUGGUUAGAGUCCUUGGAUAAUAAGGCUACUCGGAAAAGAUUAAUAAAAUUCUUCAUCGAACAACAGGAUUGGAGCAAGCUAAAGCUCUAUGCGCGGUUCAUUGCCACUAAUGCUGAAACCAUGAAGGACGUUAAGGAAGAGCUGAUCGAGUGUUUGGAUAAUGGCUUCAGGUCUCAAUUGCAUACGAAUAGGAUCAAUGUCAAAAAUAUCAUAUUCUUUUGCGAAAUGGUAAAAUUCAACCUAGUACCUGGCUUUUUGAUAUUUCAUAAAAUUCGGACCUUGAUCUUUAACCUAUUGGUCCCUAAUAACAUAGAGAUAUUAACAGUAUUAUUCGAGAAUUUUGGGAGGUUUUUAAUAAACAAACCCGAAUUUAGUCCUCAGAUGGAGAAAAUGCUAGAGCUUUUAAGUGAGAAGAAGAAGGACCACCGGUUAUCGGUAACUAGUAAAAACGCCUUGGAAAAUCUACUUCUACUUAUCUGCCCACCGACACUAAGCUCCCUCAAUGUCGAGGCAAAGGUUUUAACAAAAGAACAGCAGUUCUACCGGAUACUGAUAAGGAAGGAGCUGUUUGAUAUUGGAUCCAAGAAGGCCUCACGGUUGUUGAAAAAGGCAAACUGGCGAGAUCCAGCUGUCUAUAAGACUAUGUUUUCCCUUUUCACGAAACCUGAGAAGGUAGCAUACCAGGCGAUCCCACUUCUUGCACAGUGUCUUGUAGCCAUAUACCCAACCUACAGGGACUUUGUCAUUAUAUGCAUCGACACAUUGCUGGAAAAUAUCCAGAGGGACUUGGAGAUAAACGGCCAAAGCCAUUACAUGAAAAGGAUUGCUCAAAUCCAUUACCUCACAAAUAUCUACAACUGUGGUAUGAUCAGAAGUGAAGCUAUACUGGAUACAGCAUAUCAAUUAUUAAAAUACGGUUACCCUAAAGGCCUACCUAUGGUGGGGGUUCUCAACGAGGAUGAUCCUGCAGACAACUACUUCCGCAUCCAUUUAAUUGCUUGUAUCUUGACUGGCCUCAAAAAGACAACGCCAAAUUUGCAGAAGAAGCUUCCACUUUUCAUGAGGUUCUUUGAAUAUUACAUUUAUUGCAAGGAGUUGCCUUUGCCCAAGCAAACCGAAUUCGCGGUGAAUGAUGUCUUUAACAAGUUCACAACAUCUGAUAAUUUUGAAAGGGCAGCAAAUGCCAAUGAAAGCGCCAGGAAGCUGACAGCAACACUGCAGAGCAUGGGCCUCAAAGCAACAGAGGAAGAAGAGGACGAAGAUAGUGGCUACGAGUCUAGUAGUGGAGACAGUGCCGACUCCAGCGAGGUAGAAGAAGAAGACGUUAAUAGCAACUUAUCAGAGGAAGAUAACGAUGAGGAUGACGACGAUAGUGAUUCCCCGUCAAGCAGUGAAAGUGAAGAAGAUACUGACGACGACACAGACGUGUUUACUAUUGACAGAGAUCUAGAGCGCAAAAAGAUAAACGAAGAAUACGAAAGAAAGCUAAAGUCGGAGGAGGAGCGGAGAGCAGAAGAUGAAAUGGAAAAGAUGUACCAAGCUGUGAUGCAACAAUCUUUAGAAUCCCGCAAGAAUGAGAAAAUCCCCAUGAACAACAUUCCUAUCGUUGGAUCUGGGACCAGCACACAGGUCAACAGCAAUCUGUCAUCAAAAGUCGAAGCGGGUAAGGUGCCCUUUACGUUUCUCAGCAAAUCAGGAAAGCGGACUCAACUCCGCCCGAUAUGCCUGCCGACCGACGUCAAGUUUGUUCAUGACGUACUAGAAGGCGAGCAGAGAUUGAAGAGCGAGAGAGAGCGGAUUAAGAACAUUGUCUUAAGCCAGAAAUUCGAAUGA